AUGUCAUCAAACUUCAGUUUCUGUGAUUCGCAACCCCAACCAACACCUGUGCGUGUCGUUGGUCGCGUUCCGCCUGGACAUCUCGUAGCAUCUGAGAAAUGGAGGGGAACAACACUUGUACAGUCACUUCGCGGAAAAGUGAAUAUUGUUUAUGAAAAUGACCUUGGUGUUGUAGACUUUCAUCCUGAUAGUGAGACAGCCAUAGUUUAUGUAUCUGAAAAUGAAAUGGUGGCUGGUAGCGGUUACAAAAGAAAAAUAGUCAAACUUCGAAAAGCCAAUUGUAUGAAGGGCAUUGUUCUUGCUGAGAAGACUAACAUCAGUCAACAGUAUUUUGCAGCAUUACAAAAGUUUGUAGUGUUAGAUUUAGGAAUGAUAUUGCUGUAUGUUACAUCACAGAUUGAGGCCAGUAGUUUAUUGAUGGAGAUGGUAAAUGAGGUGAACAGACUACAUCCAAAUCCAUUUAGAAGCAGAAAACAAUCUGUUCCUGUGGACCAAGCUGUGUUAACAUCUGUACAGCUAAUUCCUAAAGUAGGUGAAGUCAAGGCGCGAGCACUGCUUGAAAAAUUUGGCAGCAUAAAAGGAAUUGCAACUGCCUCAACUGAGGAAAUUGCAAAUAUAAUUGGCAGAGCAAAUGCUGAGCAUGUCAAAAUGUUUCUUGAUUAUAAAAUUCCAAGGUAA